CAAACAGCUGAUGGUGCUCUGCGAUGGCUGCGCGUUCUGAAUUAAAUUUAUCUGAGAAGUGUUAAUUUCAAUAAAAAUGGAUGUUGUAGGCCUUUUAAAUAACAUCAAUGAUAAAUCUGAUAUGUUCGCGGUAAAAACGUGGACAUCGGAAUGGUCGAAUAGUUUUCAAGAGAAUCAAUUGCUGUGGUCAUUCUGCGGGUGCCUCCUGGUGUCUUUACUAGUCGUAUUCUUUUAUUAUUACAAGCGAUGGAGGACGAAAGAAAUAUCCGGAGGCGUAGGGACCACAGCUACCGGCGAACCAGCCAAGCGUUUCCGUAAACGAGACAAAAUGCUCUUCUACGGACGUCGGAUGUUGCGUAAAGUGAAGUCUAUAUCCAACUCCGGGCAGGGCAGGAAGCGUCGAGCCGUCAUGAGGUUCGCGAGGAAACUGCUGCAGUUGAAGAAGGAAAGCGCUCCGGAACAGUUGAAGGUACUAGAACCGCCAGCGGAAUACCUAGAAGAGGACCUCACCAGCGAUGACCGAGUGCCCCCAGAUGCGCUAUACAUGCUACACAGCAUCCGAGUGUUUGGCCACUUCGAGAAACCGGUGUUCCUGAUGCUGUGCAAGCAUACGGAGAUCUUGAAUCUGCCGGCUGGAUCGUUUUUGUUUAAAGUUGGUGAAACGGACGAAAACGUGUACGUCGUACAGACCGGUCGCGUGAACGUGUACAUAACGAACGCGGACGGCAGCAGCCUGUCGCUGAAGGUGGUGCGCGCUGGUGAGAGCGUCACCUCGCUGCUCAGCUUCACCGACGUGCUCACGGGCCAUUCACAACCGUAUAAGACGGUGAACGCAAAAGCGUUAGAGGACUCGCAAGUUAUCAAACUUCCGAUGAAGGCCUUCCAAGAGGUGUUUAAGGAGUAUCCCGAUAUAUUUGUUAGAGUUAUUCAGAUCAUCAUGGUGCGUUUACAAAGAGUGACAUUUACAGCCCUGCAUCAGUACUUAGGGCUAAGUGCUGAACUUGUCAAUCCUGGUCGCGAAAAACGCCGGCCCACGACCGUAAUAUCGUCGCCCGGCAAGACCGCGAAGACCGUGGUGGACGUGGGCACGACCAUGCACUCGCCGCACCACAGCGAGCGGAACCUUCUCGAACACCAAGACGCGGGCUUGGCGCCGUCAUCGCCCAUACACAUACAGGGCAGGAAACCCAGGCCGGACAUGAUGCCGGAUAUUACGUCUAAUACACCGCAGCAACAACCGGACGUGCAGCCAACUUCAUCAUUCCAAAGGCCGAAAGAGGGGUCCUCCUUCAAGAAACAUAAUACCGACAAUCUUGAUGAGCAGGCGCUAAUAGCGAUAGCUACAGAAGCAUUCGUAAAGGAAUUAGGGCUAGAAGACGAUACCUUGUUAAAAGGGAAUGUGCAAGUCAGAGAUCUGCCAGCCGGGACGUAUAUCAUGAAAGAGGAGAGUCAUAAGGACGUAGCGUUGGUCUAUCUUCUUUCUGGGGCACUUUUGGUGUCGCAAAAAGUGGCUGAAGGCGAGGGAGAGGUUCACAUGUUUACAGCUUAUCCUGGCGAAGUCGAAGGCGGUCUAGCUGUACUUACCGGCGAACCGAGUUUCUUCUCUAUCCGAGCUAAACACUUCUCUCGCAUCGGUCUAGUGCCAAAAAGCGCAGUGUACGGUAUAAUGCGUGACCGACCCUCCGUAGUGCUGCACAUUGCUAGCUCCGUGGUGAGGCGUCUGUCGCCCUUUGUGAGACAAGUGGACUUCGCGCUGGACUGGGUGUUCCUCGAAUCCGGUCGUGCGGUAUACAGGCAAGAUGAAGAAUCCGGUUCCACAUUCAUAGUGCUCAGUGGUCGAUUGCGAUCCGUGAUAACACAUCCCAAUGGCAAGAAGGAACUCGUGGGAGAAUAUGGAAAAGGGGAUUUGGUGGGGAUUGUGGAAAUGGUAACCCAAACGCGUCGAAGCACAACAGUGAUGGCGGUCAGAGAUUCAGAACUGGCCAAGUUGCCGGAGGGACUGUUCAACGCGAUCAAACUUCGAUUCCCGGUUGUUGUCACGAGGUUAAUUAAUCUGCUGGGACAUAGGAUUUUAGGUUCCUGGCAAAAGCCGACCGCCGGUCUGGGCGCGACGGCCAUCGAAUCUCGUCCCGUGCAGCACAACUUCUCCACCGUGGCAGUGGUGCCGGUCAGCGACGACGUGCCGCUCACCGCCUUCACGUACGAGCUCUACCACUCGCUGUGUGCCAUCGGUCCCACAGUGCGUCUAACAUCGGAUGUAAUAAGAAAGCUUCUAGGACUAACCAUAAUGGACCCUAACAACGAGUAUCGACUCAGUUCCUGGCUUGCGCAACAAGAAGAUAAACAUAAGGUGGCCCUAUACCAAUGUGAUCCAAGCCUCACGCAGUGGACGCAACGUUGUAUUCGACAAGCCGAUUGUAUUCUCAUCGUAGCCUUGGGUGAUAAACAACCAAGCAUUGGAAAAAUUGAGAAAGAGAUUGAACGUCUUGCGAUUCGCACACAAAAAGAGCUGGUGCUACUGCACCGUGAAGGUGGUGCGAACCCCACGGGCACCGUGCACUGGCUGAACAUGCGCACGUGGGUCAGCCAGCACCACCACGUGCGCUGCCCGCACAGGAUGUUCACCCGCAAGAGCCAGUAUAGAAUCAGCGAGCUGUACAGCAAAGUGCUGAUGUCGGAAGCGAGCGUGCACUCGGACUUCAGCCGGCUAGCCCGAUGGUUAACUGGCACGUCGGUGGGGCUGGUGCUGGGCGGGGGCGGGGCCCGGGGCGCCGCGCACGUGGGGAUGGUGCGCGCUAUACAGGAAGCCGGCAUCCCUAUAGACAUGGUAGGCGGAGUCAGUAUCGGCGCCUUCAUGGGUGCACUAUGGUGUAUGGACAGGAACAUUACGAACAUCACGCAGAAGGCGAGGGAGUGGUCGCAGCGCAUGACCCAAUGGGGCAAGCAACUCCUGGACCUCACGUACCCAGCGACCUCCAUGUUCUCGGGGAAACAGUUCAACACCACAAUAAAGGCCACCUUCGGGGAAGUUCAUAUUGAGGAUCUGUGGCUGCCAUACUUUACCGUGACCACGGAUAUCAGCUCGAGUUGUAUGCGGGUGCAUAGACAUGGUGUGCUAUGGAGGUACUGCAGAGCGUCCAUGAGCAUAGCGGGCAUCUUCCCGCCGAUUUGCGAUCCCACAGAUGGCCAUCUGUUGCUCGACGGGUGCUAUGUUAACAACGUGCCAGCUGACGUGAUGAGGUCACUUGGAGCGAAACAUAUACUUGCGAUCGACGUGGGUUCACAAGACGACACUGACUUGACGAAUUAUGGCGACGACUUAUCUGGCUGGUGGCUGCUUUGGAAAAGGUGGAAUCCAUUCACAAGUCCAGUGAAAGUGCCAAAUCUGCCUGAUAUUCAGAGUAGAUUGGCGUAUGUGUCGUGUAACCGCCAGUUAGAGGAAGUAAAGAAAUCCGACUAUUGCGAGUACAUCCGGCCGCCAAUAGACGCGUACAAAACACUCCAGUUCGGCUCGUUCGACGAGAUCCGCGAAGUGGGCUACCGGCACGGCACCGCGUACUUCGAGGGGCAGCGCCGCGGGGGGGGAGGGGGGGUCAGCGGGGCUGCUGCGGCCGGCAAGCGGCACGAUGCUCAGCCCUCGCUCACCGAUUACACAUUCACGGAUCUCGCACAAAUGGUGUGCUCGGUUCGUACGGCCCGAGACAUAGACAACGAGUCAUCAUCAUCAUCGGACUAUGAUGAUGAUCAGCGGCACUUUGAAGGUUACGCGUCUGAACCCAGCGGGGGGAUAAUGGAGAUGGCAUCGAGUGUAGAGGAGGCGGCGUGGAUCAGCGACACGGAACUGGAGGGCCUUCGCACCCGGCGCGUAGGAGGCUCCCUGUCUCUAUCAGAGGACGAAAUAGACUCUGAGGCCGAGUUGUAUGAUCCAUUGAACAAGCGUGGUGGGGCCAGAUGAGACCCGACCUUGCACGAUCUGUGCAAGGCCCUGUAUACAUACGUGCAGAGUGAGCGCGAGAGCAGCGAGUGAACGUGUAAAGUGAAAGUGUGGGGUAAAGUGUAAAGUGGGGUAAAGUGAGACUUAAAGCCGUGAAGUGUAAAUUGAAGGUGUGUAAGUGACAAGUAAAUUGAGAACGUGUGUAGGUAAAUUGAGAAAUUGCUGGGAAAUUGUAGUGUAAAAUGUGAAGAAAACAUAUGUUGGUAAAAUGUAAAAUGACCAAAUGUUGAUAAAAUAUAAAUUAUCCGUGUUUAUGAAAAGACAAUUGUGCUAGUAUGGAAAUAAUUGACUGAGUGCAUAUUUAUGGAUAAAGUGUGUACGUGUACUGUCAAGGUAAAGUGUAAGUUAGAGGGAGUAGGUAAAGUGAAAAUUAGCAGUGUGUAGGCACGAAGUGUGACUAUUGAGAAUGCUAAAUUGCUCAUUUAUCAGUAUAAAUCGUACAUUUCUUGAAAUUGAAAUUAGAUUAAUCUUUCCAAACAAAAAUUGUGUUAUAUAUGCCAAAUGUUAUUAUUAUUAAAUAUUAUUUAAAAGCGAACAUUUUAUUGAGAAAUAUUGAUGUCUCGAAGUUAUUUGCUUUGUAGAAUCAUAUUAGAUAUAUGAAUAAAUAAUAAAGCUUUAUGAUUUUGGGGUUAUUAUUCAUAAUGUAAAUAUAUGGUGCAAAAAAUUAUAUUAUAAAUAACAAUUUUUAAUUUCCAUUUUCCAAAGUACACUGUGAUGUUUGUAAUUCGAAGUAUUACGCUGUAUAUUCGCUUCAUAGAACAUAAAAAAAUGAAAAUAUACAGGAAUAAUGUAGCUUCCUGUUGGUAAAUUCAAAAUUGGUCGAGGAGUUUUGGAGUAUAAUUUGUACAGACAUACAAAAAAAUGUAUUUCUUAUAGUAGAAGAUAGUAUUGUAGAUUAAAUUUUCAGCUUGUUCGCCUUAAACUUGCUCAAUGUAUCCUAAGACCCUAACUAAUAUGUCACAGAAAUAUUCCUUCUGUAGUUAUGUAAUGAUACUUGUAGUGAUUCAAAAGUUUUGUGUUAUACUAUUUCAAAGGAAACCGAUUUCUAAAUAUUUCGGAUAAUUGAAAAAAGUGCCAUAAAAAUUUAGCUUGUAUGUAGAAAGAUAAAUUAUCAUUCAUGAAAAUGUAGUUUUUAUCAAAUUGUUUCUUUUGAAUUCGGUUUUUAUUGUAUUUGAAUGAAGCAAGUAAAUAUAAAAAAAAUGUUUCUUUAAUAUAAACUAUAUUUUGAUAUGUACUGUGGUGUACAGGUUCAGAAAAAAUAUACCGGCCGAAUUGAUAACCUCCUCCUUAUUUUGAAGUCUUGGUGUAUAACAAUACAUCAAUAUGUAAAUUUGGUUCAUCAAUAACAUUUUAAAUAAAUUAUGAAAAUAUGUAUAUGUGAAAUGAUUUAAAUAAUUGAGAAUUGAAUGUUUUAAAUUAGAACUAAUCUAUGUGUAGAGUACUUAAUUAAUACAUAUAUUUAUUUCAUUAGACGAAACAGUUGCAAGAAGACUUGAUCAUAAUGUGACAGAUGAAAAAAUCACGAUUUAAAUCGUUUAUGGGUUUAAACCCGUCAAAAAUUACAAAAUUCCUCUUGUAGUAUCAUUUUAUUUAUUACCGAUUUGAUUCUAUAGAUCUGGAAAAUAUUUAAUAUACGCACAAACAAAUAAUAUUGAAUAAAUAAAAAACAGAAAAUAGUUUUUGAAUUGUCUACUUACCAGUUACCAUAUUGUAUAAUAAUUUAACUGAUGAUUAUUUUUUCCGUAUACGAUAAAAGUACCUAUAUUUUUAUAUUAAUUUGUAUUUAAAAUGUUUAUUCAUUUAUUAUUUUAAUUGUAUGUGUAUUAUUGUAUUAUUCUUGGAUAAUAUCACAUUAAAAAUAAUCAAUUGCAUUAUAUCAGACUGUAAUAAUCUCUCAAUGUGUUAAUAGAACAUUAAUCAACAAUAUGAAGUAUUUUAAUUAGUACUACAUUUAUCGACACUUUGAUCUGUACCUUAGUUAAAUAUCUGCCUGUUAGUAUAUUAAAAUAAUUCGGAAAUGUCGCGGGCAUAUGCUAGCUACAUAAUAUAUUACAUUUUGUAUUUAACAAAUAGUAAAUAUGUAACUUCUCGUGUAAGGUUUGUUUACAUUAAAUAAAAUUGUAAAAAUGUAAACAGGCCUUAACCUUUAUCUAGAUCUAUUCAAUGUGUAAACCCUACUCCUGUAUUAGUAUAAUUACGACUGAUUAGUAGCUUUAAGUUGGCCACCGUAGGCACAAAUGUCGCAUUAAAUUACCAAAUAACUCAGUGUGAUUUACGUAGUUUAUUGAAAUAAAUGCUUCCAAAAUUA